AUGGGGCACCUUUGCGGCCGGACGAGGGCGGUGCAGGCGGGGCGCUCGGCGCCCCCUGGCGGUCAAGAAGUGAGCAUUGCCGGCCGGACGAGGGCUGUGAAGACGGGUCGGUCGGCGCCCCCUGGCGGCCAGGAGCGCAAGUUGCCGGCCGGUGCUGUGAUUUACCCCCCCCGCGCGCGCGCGCGCCCUCUGGCGGCCAAGAGUGAACGUUGCUGGUUGGGCAAGGGCAGUAAAGACGAGUCGGUCGGCGCCCCCUGGCGGCCAGGAGCGCAAGUUGCUGGCCGGUACUGUCCUUCCCCCGGCCCCCCCCCAACCGUGUCCGCGCGUGCCCUCUGGCGGGUAAAAGAGCACUGCCAGCCGGACGAGGGUGGUGAAGAUGGGCCGGUCGGCGCCCCCUGGCGGCCAGGAGCUCAAGUUGCUGGCCGGUGCUGUGAUUUACCACCCCGUGCGUGCACGCGCCCUCUGGCGGCCAAGAGUGAACGUUGCCGGCUGGACAAGGGCAGUAAAGACGAGUCGGUCGGCGCCCCCUGGGGGCCAGGAGCGCAAGUUGCUGGCCGGAGCGCAAGUUGCUGUUCGGUGCUGUGCUUCCCCCCUCCCGUGCCCUCGCGCGCCCCCUGGCGGGAAAAAGUGAGCAUUUCCGGCCGGACGAGGGUCAUGAAGACGGGCCUUCCCCCCCCCCGUGCCCGCGCCCGCCCCCUGGCGGGCAAAAGUGAGCAUUGCCGGCCGGACGAGGGUCGUGAAGACGGGCCGGUCGGCGCCCUCUGGCGGCCAGGAGCGCGCGUUGCUGGCUGGGGCUGUGCUUUUCCCCGCGCGCGCCCCCUGACGACCAAGAAUGAGCAUUGCCGGCCGGAAGAGGGCUCUGUAGACGGGUCGAGUGGGCAUUGCCGGCCGGACGAGGGCUCGGGCCCGCGUUGGCGCCCCCUGACGUCCGCGAGUGCACAUGAUCUGCCGCGGCCACCAGGGGCCGCUGUGGCUCCGCCGGUUUCUGGCCGCGGCCACCAGGGGCCGCUGUGGCUCCGCCGGUUUCGGGCCGCGGCCACCAGGGGCCGCUGUGGCUCCGCCGGUUUCGGGCCGCGGCCACCAGGGGCCGCUGUGGCUCCGCGUUUGCCGGCCUCGGACAACGUCGCCCCCUGGAGCCCGCCCCCCUCUAACGCUCUCCCCAACGCCCCCCUCCCCUCUUCUGCCGCCCCCCACCCUGGCUUGGACCCCUGGAUCCCUCCCCCGGGGGAUGCGCUGCCCACAGCCGCCGGACCCCAAAGCCCCCCGCCCCGCUUUCUCCUGGGAGCGGGGCUGAGGCGGCGUUCCUGGGGCCCGGACAGAGACAUCGAGGCAGAGACGCCGGCCCCCGCCCCGGGCCUCGCGGAGGUGGACGAUGGAGGCCGGCAGAUGGGCCCUCGGCGGUCCCGUCCGGCUCCUCCACCCGAGGCCGAGGGUCUCCCGGGGGUCUCCGGGGGAUCCUGGGGCCCGUGGGCGCCGUGGGCUCCUUGCUCCCAGCCCUGCGGACUCGGGGUGCAGCGCCGGGCCCGGACCUGCCGCCCGCCCGUGACCCCUGGCUUCCUCCCGCCCCCGCCGCCCCCUGCCCUGGACCCCCGAGCCCAGGACCCCCGCCACGCCCUCCCCCUCUACAAGCCGGAGCCCCGGGAGACGGGGCAGGGGAGGGGCGCGCCCCUGCCUCCCCCCCCAGGGAGACACCAGCUCCUAGAGACCCCCGCCGCCGUCCGCAGGUGA